CGUUCUACAUUGUACUGAUAAAUCUGAUGGUGUGUGGAUGGUUGAAUGUGCAUGCACGUGUAGCAUCGUUUACUUUGUGCCAUACUGCUUUGGAACGCCCGUUUUGAUAGGUCUGCUGAUUUUAAUUUGAAAGUACCUUCUAACUGGUGCCAUACUUCUUCCGAACCACUCCAACCGGUGCCAUCUGCUUUUGAACGUAUGCACACGUUGAGUCUCUUAAAGUGCUCAUUCCGGUGAAAGCCACGUUCUCUAACUUUCCUAUACAAAACCCGCUGUAGUCGACAGUAUGGACCGGAGUGCCUUAACACCAAUAUUCCUCGCGACUCUCGCAGUUGUCUUACUCGGCAGGAGCUGCUUCGGCGAUGAACAUGCACACCAACUCGGCAAUAUGGCGGAUAUAAAAGAUACUGAGCACAUGCAGAAACAUCUUGAUGAGGAGGGCGUAAAGGCAAAUGCAAAAGAUAUGUCAGUGGAUGAAGAGAUCUUCUAUUAUUUUACACUUCACGAUUUCGACAAUAGCAGCACAAUUGAUGGUCUUGAGAUAUAUCAGGCUCGUUUACACACGCUGGCCGCGGAUGAGAAAGCGGAAAUUAACCAAACGUUCAAAGAUAAAGCUGCCGCGGACGUCGACUCUACUUUGAAAAAAUAUGACCAAAAUAACGACGGUCACCUCGAUUACGUUGAGUAUAAAAUAAUCUACAAUAUCCCCACAGAGUAAUAUUUACUGUUAACGUGAGAGUUUAAUCGAAAACGAAGAAUACAAAGCGUAUUUCUUGUCUUCAUUAUUGGUCGACUGAUUUGAGUGUUUCAGUGACAUCUAAAUGUCUAAUUAAAAUGUUUACCAUCGUC